CAAUUGUUUAUUUUAAGGUGGAUCAAAAUUUCAAUUUUCAUAUGUUAAAACGCUCGUUAUUAGACCAUUAUUGUACUAUGUACCAUCAUUAUUCCUGUAAUUUUUUAAAUAAUUUACUGAUUUUCUUUAAUAACUUUAUCUGUAUAGUUACCGUGUUUACUACUUAAUUACAUAACCUCACAUAUAUUGUUCAAAUAAAGUGAAUGUUUUGGAAGUGAUAAAUUCUUUUUUUACGGUAAAUAUAGUGAUUCAAAUGAACGUAUUAUGUCGGACAUCAAAACAGUGUUAUUUAUUUCGAGUUUAAUUUUUCCAAGGCACAAUGGAUACUGGUUUAUUUUCUAUAUGUACUUCCAAUAUUACAGCAUAAUUAAAAGAUCAAUUUCUUAUCAGCUCAGGACUCUUUCUGAUGGUGUUAUAUGGAAGCUUGUAAGAAAUAAUUACAAGGCAUGUUGUGAUAUUAAUAAUACUGUAAUUGUGCAUCCAGACACUAUAUAUAAACGUGAUCGGAUACUUGAACUUACCCAAAAAGAAGAUGGAGUUUCUCGUAUUGUGUUUGUAAUGUCUGCAGCGUGUUGUGAGAAAAAUUAUGUAUACACAUCGCACACAUUAUUUCACAAUGCAAUUAAAACUGAUUUUGAUAUUAAGCUCUAUACACCACUAAAAGAGAUUAAAGUGGCUGAAGAAAUAGAACUAUCAUUAGUCUCAAGUCCUCAUGACAUUAAUAAUGCAUUAAUAGAUACAGUGAUUCAAAAUUACUUUAAGCUUCCUAAAAUUAUAUAUAAAAAUGAUUUAAUUCAAAUAGAAGUUAAACAUUUUGCACCUGCUAAUUUUUACACAGACUUGAGAGCAAAUACAAUUAACAAAAUAUAUUUUAAAUGUAAUAAAGUUAUUGUAAAUAAAGAAGAAACAUCAGAAGGAUGUUUUUGUGUGAUCGGAGAAACGGCUAUAAGACAAGCACCAAAUAUUCAAAGUUUUCUACCGAGAUGUAUAACUGAACCAGCAAAGAAUGUUAAAAUGGGAAAAAUUAGUAUUUCCGAAGUAUUUUUUCCAUUUGAUCUACCAAAAUAUACAAAGAUAGCAGAUGCUAUUGAAAUUUUUGGAGAUAUAGAUAGUCCUGAGUUAAAGCAAUUAAAACCAUUGUUUUUAAUAGAAGGUGAAGAUGGCUGUGGAGACAGAAUGAUCCUAUCUUAUAUAGCAGAAGAAUUAGGAAUGCAUUAUUUUCAUGUGAAUAAUUCAGACUUUACAGCCAAUGUUUAUGCUCAGUAUGAAACAAAACUUAAUAAUAUAUUUUUUACCGCUAAAAUGGCAGCUCCCUGCUUGAUGGCAAUUUAUUCAUUUCAGAACUUUGGAAAAAAUAAUGAGGGACAAUAUGAUCAGAGGUUAAUAAAUGCUUUUGUACAAAAUAUUAACAAUUUAUUCGAUAAAAAUUCUUUUCCUGUGAUAGUUGUGUGCUGCAGCAACACUAAAGAAAUUUCUCCCGACCUUAGGAGAGUUUUUCUUGAAACUUUUGAAAUAGAAGCUCCUACAGAUAUGGAGAGGGAACUGUGUUUAGAAUGGAUUCUAAAGAAGAAUGAUAUACUUUUAAAAGGCGUUGAUUUAAAAGACAUUGCAAAUAAGACUAAUGGGUUUCAUAUCGAAGACUUAAUACUAAUGGUUUAUUAUUCUGAGAAUAAUUUUUAUCAAAACAGUCCCAAAGCAGAAUGUGUGAUAUUAGAAAAUGAUAACUUUCAGUAUGCUAUAGAUUAUAUGCAAUCAAAUUAUAAUGAAAGUAUCGGUGCUCCCAAAGUACCAAAAGUGCAGUGGUCUGAUGUGGGUGGACUAACUGAUGUAAAGGAAGAAAUUAUCCAAUCAAUUAAUCUUCCAUUAAAGCACCCAGAAAUGUUUAACAAAUCUGGUUUAAGUAGAUCAGGAAUUUUAUUAUUUGGUCCACCAGGAACGGGAAAAACCUUAAUAGCAAAAGCCGUAGCCACCGAAUGUAAUCUAUGUUUUUUAACAGUGAAAGGUCCAGAGUUGUUAAACAUGUAUGUUGGACAAUCAGAACAAAAUAUUAGAGAAGUAUUCAAUAAAGCUCGUCAAGCGUCACCCUGUAUUAUAUUUUUUGACGAAUUGGAUUCUUUGGCUCCAAAUAGAGGUCUUUCUGGAGACUCCGGCGGUGUUAUGGAUAGAGUUGUCUCUCAGCUUUUGGCAGAAAUGGAUGGAUUAGAUAGUAAUGGAAAAGUAUUUGUUAUAGGCGCUACAAAUAGGCCAGAUUUAAUAGAUCCAGCUUUACUUAGACCAGGAAGAUUUGACAAACUGUUGUACGUCGGACCAUGCACAGAUCUUCAAUCCAAAGUUUCUGUUUUACAAGCCUUAACAAGGAAAUUUAAUUUAUCAGAUGAUGUUAAUUUGAAGAACAUCGUGAAGUCUUGUCCAGAUAAUAUUACUGGAGCAGAUUUUUAUGGAAUUUGUGCUAAUGCUUGGUCGUUAGCUGCAAAAAGACUAGUGGAAGCUAUUGAACGUGAGGGCUGCGAUCCAAAUACCAUAACCACUGAAGAAGCAGAAGUGAUAGUGAACAGUGAAGAUUUUCUUCUGUCCAUAAGAGACGCUAAACCUUCUGUUAGCAAGGAAGAUCUCAUUUACUUUAAGAAUUUAAAAAAAGAACUAGGCUGUAAUAAAUAAAGUUUGAUGGGUUACCUGUGAGGUAAUGUAUAUAAUGUUUAUAUUAAGGUAUUUUUUUGUUAUGAAAUUUAAAUAUAGCUCUAUUUUCUAAAACAUUUUAUUAUAAAAGUUUUUUAUAUAAAAAUAAAUUAUUUAAC